AUGGACGGAGGCAUGCACACUUUAUCAAGCCUUCAAAAGAAUGCAAACAAGAGAAGGUUUAGUGAUGAACAAAUCAAAUUCCUGGAAUUCAUGUUCGAGUCAGAAUCAAGACCAGAGUCUCGAAUAAAACAACAGCUGGCUAAUGAGCUUGGACUAGAGCCUCGCCAGGUUGCUAUAUGGUUCCAGAACAGAAGGGCUAGACUGAAGACUAAACAGAUUGAGAAAGAGUACAGUACACUGAAAGCAAGUUAUGAUGCUCUAGCCUCUAGCUUUGAGUCCUUGAAAAGAGAGAACCAGUCGUUGCUCAUCCAGCUGCAGAAACUGAAAAAGGGGCAUGUAAAGCAACAUGGGAGCAGAAAUUGUGGAAGCCAACCUGAAAGCUGCCAUGAUGGCAGAUUUGAGAACAAGGAUACUGACUCAGAAUCAAAAGAAAAACCCAGCUUUCAAUCGAAAGGUAAUGACAAUAAAGAAAACAAGCCUUCAAGUGAUCAUAACAGCAGCAAUAUUGCGAGCAAGAGGGAAGAAAUUGACAUUUUGAACCAAACCGAACACGCAGACGACUCAACGUCGUCAUCUGACUGGCAUUGUUUUCAGUCUAAUUGUUUUGUUGACAAGUCCAGCUGUAGUUCAGAGUGGUGGGAGCUGUGGUCAUGA